AUGGCUGCUACAGAUGAUCGAGAUCCGUUUGCUGAUCUUGAAUAUCGUAUACAAAAUCCAAAAGUGAGUCAAGACGUUGUCAAUAGAAAUUCUGGCAUUAAUAUAUUAAGUAAACAGCCAAUAUCCAAAGCUGUACAACUGAAAGCAGAAAAUUAUGAUCUCUGGUUUCAAAAUGAACGUUUAACAGAAGAGAAUGGUGCAUUGGGAAUUGAAUUGGGCAAAUUACAAGAUAAACACGAUAAACUCAUGUAUUUAGCACGAAAUCGUUUAGGAGAAAUACGUUCAAAAUAUCAACGUUUAGAACAAGACAAUCAAACAUUAAAAACAGAAUUAGAAAAAUUAGCAAGAGAAUAUGAAGCAACAAGAAAAUUAGUUGAAGAUUAUAGACGUAUGGAAGAACGGUUUAAAACCGCUGAUCGUGAAAUGCGUUUAAUGAUUGAUACAUUAACACGAAAUAAUGAAGAUUUAAAAGGUCAAAAUCAAGCAUUAAUCAAUGAAUUAGAAUUAUUGAAAGAAAAAUAUUAUAUUGCAAAACAAAAUUUAGAAAAAUCCAUGCGUGAAAGUGGAAUGUUAAAAGAUGAAUUGACAAAAGCUGUUUAUUCUCGUGAUUCACUUGAGAAAGAAGUGGCAAGAUUAACUGGAAAAGUAAAUGAAUUAUCAACAGCUAAAAAAGCGGCUGAUGAAAAACUUGACUUUUUAACCGGAAAAACAAAUAAUUUACAAGUUGAUCUACGUCGUUCAGAAGCAAAUGCGGCCAUGUUACAAGAACGAUUUACAUUGAUUAAAAAUGAAAAAGAUGCAUUAGAUGCUGAUUCAAGAAAUAAAUUAACUCUUUUAAUGCAAAAAUUAAAAGAAUUACAAGUACAGAAUAAAACGUGUAUGGAACAAUUACAUGCACAAAGUAAACAAUGUGACCAUCUAAACGGAGAAAAUAAACAGUUACUGGAAUAUGUUAAUGGUUAUCGAAAAGAAAAUGAUUUAUUAGCAAAACAAUUAGUAUCUGUGAAUACUAAACAAAAACGUUUAGCAUUAGAAUUGGAAAAACUGAAAAGUGUUGAUGCAUUUAUGAAAAAUGAAGAAGCUAUGAAAAUGCAAGAUGCUCUAAUGGGCUUGACAGAUCAACUGACACAAUUGAGAAAAAUGCAUGCAAAUACAUUAUCAGAAAAUCAGCGUAUUAAAGAAUUAUUAAUUGAAAAGGAUUCAGUAUUAACAAAUUUAGGUUACGAACGUCAUCAAUUACAAGAUAAAAUGGUUAAAAAUGAACAUACCAUUCGUCAAUUAGAACGUAUGUUAGACAGUAAUAAACGUUCUCCAUUAGAGCAACAACAAGCGACAAAUACAACAGCUUAUUCGUUCGAAAAUGCUUUAGAUUCGUGA